AAACCGAAACCAUAAAGAUCUCUCGUUGGCUUUCAAUUCCAUAUAUCACGAAGCAGCAGCCAAAGCCGUCGUUAAAAUGACGACGCAACCAGCCCAACUGCCGCAACUCGAGGUCAUGCACCGGAUGCUGGAGCUACCGCUGGUCGAACUCGCCCUGAACAAGUCCUCCUCGACGUACACGCGAUUCAAAGACUCGCACCAGCUGGUCAAGUGGGCCCUCUCGACGGCAGAGUCGUCGCUCACCUCGGCAACGAGGCAGGCCGCCCCCUACGCCAAGAAACUCGAGAUGCCGAUCCACUUUGUCGACCACACGCUCUGCCGCGGUCUGGACCACAUCGAGAAGAAGAUGCCGAUUGUCAAGCAGAAACCGGAAUUGAUUUUGGAAAAUGCGUACAUGUUGGCUGUGCACACGGCUGCAUCGACGUUCGUUUACGCAAACGAACUAGUCACCACUCAAGCUGCAACCAUCAAGGAUAUGAGCUGGAACAAAAUGAAUCAAAUACUCAGCACGAAUUAUGGCAUUGCGGCGGUUCAUGGCCUCGACUGUACAGCUAUCGUGGUCGAAAUGUUGAUUGACAAGUACUUUCCCCCAAUCGGCAACGAGGAAUUCCCAGAAUCAGUCUCGAUGGAGGAAGACAAGCUCCUCCAUACGCUCCAAACGGUCGGACGUCUGUCUAACAAAGCGACCAGGCGCGUUUACAUGCACGUCGCCCUUCAGUUGCGCACUCUCAACAAGGACAAUCUGAAGACGUAUUUGAGUAACGUGGUGAGCUUUCUUCAUAUGACGCAGUAUAUUGCUCUCAUUAGCGACAAAGUCAAUAACCUGUCCGUAGCGCCAACAAAGGAGAAGGCUACGAGCAAGAAACAUUCGAAAAAAGUCAAAUAAGUAAGACUGGAAGUUCCUUUACACUGCCUUUUGACUCGUCUAUAACCGACUAGCGCAUUCUAAUCAGCAAUUUAGCUACUCCUAAUGUGUUAUGAUGCUUGCAAAUAAGCUAAUAGCGGCAAUGUAUUUGUAAUAUUAUCAUUAUCAUGAAACUUGAGCAAAUAACGAUAUAGUAUGAUAUUAUUAGUCUAUGUGUCACUUUAUAACUUUGUCUAUCAUAGAUGCUUUUACGUUUGAAUAGUACGCUACGUUUUGUUGCUUAUUUUCUUUUACAUAUAUAUACACAU